AUGACAAGCAAAAUCGUCGUCGUUGGGAUUUCCGGUCCAUCCUCAAGCGGCAAAACGACGCUUGCAAGGCUGCUACGAACAGUUUUUAAUUCCAAACAGAAAUCGAAUGUCGAUGUCAGAGCUAUUCUUGUCCACGAAGAUGAUUUUUACAAGGCUGAUGAUCGGAUUCCAGUUACGACUACAUCUGCUGGAAAACUGGUCCAGGACUGGGAUACGAUUGAGGCAUUUGAUGUCAAACACUUUGUCUCCUGUCUGUCAUAUAUUCGUCAGACAGGCAAGUUUCUUCCCAGGUUAAAGAGUAAGGAAGAUCUGAAUGAUGCCACGGAUUCCGGCGUUGAUGAAGCAACCGUACAUGCAUUGCAGGAGCGCGUAGCUCAACGACUACAACAAAGAUCAUCAAGUCAAGAGCAAAAACUAGAGGAGCAAACGCCCUGGCUAACUAUUGUUUUUGUUGAUGGCUUUUUGCUAUAUGCUCCACCGAACGAGUCUACACAUCCGCUACGUCCUGUUCAUGAUCAGAUUGAUCUCCCGAUAUUUUUACCGGUGACAUAUCCACUGCUCAAGCAGCGCCGGGAAGGAAGGACAGGAUACGUAACAAUUGGGCCUGCACCAACUCCGGUACUGAGAGAAACAGAAAAUGCGGAAGGGGGGUCCGAGAACGAGCAGACGGAAGAUAAAAACGGUGAAGAUGAUCCUCCAGUAAACUUCUGGACGGAUCCCCCAGGUUACGUUGACGAUAUCGUUUGGCCACGAUACAUCUCAAACUGUUCGUGGCUCUUGCUUCCCGAGACUGCCUCUAGCGCAAACAUGGACCUAGUUAAAAUGAAGGAUCUUAUUGGAGAUGGAGCAAAUGUUAGAGAAGACCUAGGGAUUUUUGUUGCCCCCGAAAAGGGUGAAGCCUCCAUGCCCCAUUUGUUAAGUUGGGCAGUGGAUCUGAUCUUCAAAAAGAUUGAAGAAGUUAUUUCUAUGGAGAAAUGA